AUGAAGAAGAAGAACAGGAUGUCUGCCCAGAGAACUGACAAGCACAGUGACUUCUACAUCCCACAGUCCCACGAUCCAGGGCAUUUGCAAAAUAUGUUAGAUGGAGGAGAGUAUGCUCCUUUUGUAUCUUCUCCCAUGCUGGAGAGCAACUUUAUCCAGGUCAACAGGAGAGGUGAAUCCAUUUACCUUCAUAAUCGAGCCAACUGGGUGACUGUAGGCAUCUGUUCUUCCAGUCACACCCAGAAGACCCCCAAUGUGAUGCUGUUAGCACACCUGGCACCCACUGCCCAGAAAGAUGCAGACCCUAUGUAUGAAAGUCUCCUAACAUCUCCUUUAACAGAAAAACUGGUGCUUACCAGGUUUCUUCCUUUGCAGUUUGUGACUCUUUCUGUGCAUGAUGCUAAGAACAUGCGCCUCAAAGUAAAGCUGGUGAGCGGUCGAGCCUACUACUUACAGCUCUGCUCCCCCGUGAAUAAACAGGAAACCUUAUUUUCUCAAUGGGUGGAUCUCAUUGCCUUGCUGAAUCAGGAGAAAAACAAAAUUUCCAAAGUGUCAGAAUUCUCAAGUCUCUCAGAAAUCACAAACAGCACAGAAAUCACAGGCUCUCUGGACAUCAUGGAUAUUGCCGCCAUCACCGCUUUGCAGACUCCGUAUGUGUACCAGUGCGCAGACGCCACAUGUGGCAUGGAGAGUGUGGAUUUCUCAGAAUUCACAGAUGUCACCGACGUCACGGACGUCACGGAUGUCCCAGAAACCGAGACUACAGAGUUCCCCGAUGUAAGAAUUGUCACAGAAGUCACAGAAGUUAUAGACAUCUCUGAUGAACCAAACGUCUCAGAGGUCACAGUGGUGUUUGAAAACGACGACAUACGCCGGGCCAAACUAGAGGAAAAGGCUAAAGAUGAAAACAUUCUGAGGACUGGGUGUCUACGUGAUAUAAAAACUAAGAAUGAGCCCAAAGGACCCUCCAAACAUGUCACCAUCUCAAACAUAACACUGACUUUUGAAGGUGAAAGAUGUUUUCAGACUACUUUGACUCCAGAAAACACUGAAGCAGAUAUAUGUGAAGAGAUGGAUGACAAAAUCUCUGAAGAAAAGACGGAUUUAAAAAAUACACCUCUCAAGGCUGAAGAAUCCAGGUAUGCAGACAGAGAAGUACUAAGAGGUUAA